AGUUCGGAAUCUGCAAUCGCUUGUAGAGAGGAGGGCAUCACUAGUGAGGACACCAUUUUACCUUUGUAUGCCUAUGGUGUGCUUCUUGGCUGCACGCAUCAUUGUUUCACUUUUGUGGUAUUUAAAGCUUAAUUAGCAAUGGCUUUUUCCUUCAAUGUCAUCUGCCUCGCUGCGAUUGUGUCUGUGUGCUUUGUGCUGUCUGACGCGCGGGGGCUUGGGAAGACAAGAGAAGCCCGGCAAACGCUGUUUGAUAUUCCUUUCGAUCAGACUGACAUGACUGAAACGUACGCUGGGAUGUCAGCACCAGCAUAUUCGAGCAUAGGCGGUUCAGCAGGUGGUGGUGGUGGUGGUGGUGGAGGCGGUGGUGGUGGAUUUGAUGUUGGUGUCUUCGCUGGAGACGAUGGGGGUGAUUCUGAGUCUUCCGAAGAAGACGUCUAUAUGUACGCUGGUAUGGACACGGCCCUCGUCAACGAUGUCGAUGCUGAUAACAGACAAGCAAUAAUGGUGGGAGGUGACCGCCAUCAGAUAAGUGGUAACGUUCUACCGAUUCUCAGAGGUAGUGGUAAGGGUUUGACUUUUGAGGCAAGGAAUACGGAUCGGUUGUUGAAGAGGACAACGGGCUCAUCCAGGCGUAGUGUUGGCGUAGCUUUCGCUGUUCUAGGUCUACUCACUGUCGCAGUGGCUGCCGCUGCGAUUACACUCAGGAAAUACAGACACAGCCUUCCCGUUAUUGUUUGGCCAUAAUAUCUAUGGCAUUUUAUUAUCCACCCAUUCAGCAGAGCUUGCUUUUAUCUAUUUGACAAUUAACCAGGACUGGGAAAUUCGAAUAUAUAUACGAACAUUAAGUGGCUCGUGAAGCCAUAGGUUGAAAUUAUAGCGGGUUAUGUCACUUACCGGACGUUCAUGUGUCUUUGUGUUGAUAUAUCGAGUAGAAUUAUAUUAGAUGUUCAUUACUUAUUUCAUAGUUAUCAGAUGAUUGUUCGGAAAUCAUAUUUUUCUAAACAGAGAAAAGUUUGAUGAUCGAUUAUCACCUCUUCGUUACCAAUGCUUUUUAGUCUAUUUCUCUUUUCUGGUAUGUUUUCGUAAUGGGCCUACAUCAUGCUACAUGUAAGCGGACGUAAUUCUUGUUUUGAUGUAUAAUAAAAAGAGGUAAAAUACA